AUGUUCUCCGGGUCGAAUUCGUACCUGGGAGGACAGAGUGGUCGGCCUGCCGGAGCGCCGCAGUAUGGUUCAUUUCAACAGCCUCAGCAGCCGCAACAGCAGCAACAGCAACCUCAAGCUGGCUAUCUCAACAGCAAUCCAACAGGCUAUGGAGCAGCUCCAUUGCAGCCAAAUUUCACGGGGUAUCCCAUGCAAAGUCAGCCGACCGGAUUCCAGCCUCAGCAGUUGCAACAGCAGCAGACCGGCUUUCCUGGGCAGCAGAACCCAUCCCCUUUCAACAAUGCUCAAGCUCCGCAACAGCAAAACUUCCAGACUGGAGCCCCCCCGAUGCCGCAGAUUCCUCAGCAGUUCCAGAAUCAAAGCCAACAGCCUCAAUCUGCGCCAGUCCAGAAUGCGCAACCGACGGGAUUUGCUCAGAUGGCCGACAGCUUCAAGGCAGCACCGUCCACAGGUUCGGCUAGAGGACGCCGGGCGUCAAAAGCGAAGACUGGCACAAAGAUUCCAAGUAUAAGGCUCUCUUUCAUUACUGUGCAGGACCAGGCGAAGUUUGAGACUCUGUUCAAAUCCGCGGUUGGAGACGGGAUCACAAUUUCUGGCGACAAAUCCCGAGAUUUGUUGCUCCGAUCUAAGCUCGAUGGCAAUUCGCUGUCCCAAAUAUGGUCUUUGGCAGAUACUACAAGAUCGGGCCAGCUACAUUUCCCCGAAUUUGCGCUGGCCAUGUACCUGUGCAAUCUAAAACUUGUUGGCAAGCAGUUGCCCUCUGUCCUCCCAGACAACAUAAAGAAUGAAGUAUCCAGUAUGGUGGACAUAAUUAACUUUGGGGUGGCUGAUGAUGGACCCGAAUCUGCGCCCCAGACAAAUGCUCCAGACUUCAAUGUUAGAACAAAUGCUGCAUCACCGCCUACAAUUCAACAACCUCAACCAAUGCAAUCGAACUCGACUCUUUUGACCCAGCAGAUGACGGGAUUCCCUGGGCAACAAAACUCCUUUUCGGGGGGGUUUCAGGGGCAGCAACCAAUGCAAACUGGCUUCAACCAAAAUCAACAAGGCGGCCUACAGGCUAACCCGACCGGAUUCCAGAACAUGUCGAAUUUGUCGGCUUCUGGAUAUACGGGUCCACGCCCUCCCAUGCCUCCCAUGCCUACUGGGUUCAAUCAGAAUCAAGGUCUUUCCCCCUCUCAGACCGGAAUGGGAGGCAUGGCUGCACCGCUGAACACCCAACCUACUGGCAGACCGGGGCAGUGGGGCUUGGUGAAUGCUCCUGCGAGCGGCCUACCUAAUAUUGAUUUGCUACAGUCAAGAAUGAUGCCCCAGCAAGGACGCGAACAAGGUUCUUUUACCACAUCUGGAUUGCAAGGCAAUGCCGUAAUCCCUUGGGCUGUUACAAAAGAUGAGAAGCAAAGAUAUGAUUCUAUAUUCAAGGCCUGGGAUGGCCUCAACAAAGGUUUCAUGAGUGGUGAUGUUGCGAUUGAAGUUUUCGGGCAAAGCGGUCUGGACAAGCCAGAUCUGGAGCGUGUCUGGACACUGGCCGACAAUGGCAACAAAGGCCGACUUAAUAUGGAUGAAUUUGCGGUUGCUAUGCAUUUGAUUUAUCGAAAGCUAAAUAAUUAUCCCCUACCAGCUCAAUUGCCCCCCGAGCUUGUGCCGCCAUCUACGCGGAAUUUCAACGACUCGAUCGGUGCCGUUAAAUCUCUCCUCCAUCAGGAAUCAGACUUCCGCAAAAACUCUGGUGCAACUCUAUUGCCACAGAAAACUGGAGUUAGCUAUCUCAAGAACCAUUCAUUCAGAGGCGACUCGGGCACGGCACGCGCCGGGCGAAAAGAUGCCACAGUUUUCAAGAACAAUGAUGAUGAUGUUGGAUAUAAAUCUAGCGCUCGGCGGAGGCUAGGUGGCACCAGUUCCCCACGCCCCUCAUCCCCAUCCUCCACAACCUCAAAUGACGAAUUAUCGCUCGACCAACUGAGGAAGAAAAUCCGAGAGAAACAAAUACUCCUUGAUGCAAUUGACUUCAAGGACGAGAAUGCUGCCGAGGAGGAUGACGCCCUUGAUCGGCGGGAUCGCCGCGAAGCCGAGGACUUAUACCAUCGUAUUCGUCGUAUUCAGGAGGACAUCGAUAGCCAUCCAGAUGCAGCUCUGCGUAACGUCGAUUCUGGUGCUGAAACACGUGCUCUCAAACGACAGUUGCAAACCCUGACUGACAAGCUUCCUGAGCUCGCGUCCCAAGUCCGCAGAACGGAACGCAGCAUUGCUGAUUCUCGACUAGAGUUGUUCCGGCUUAAGGACGCAAAAGCUCAUCCAGGAAGCGCCUCAAGCGUUGUUGGGACGGGUCCCGGCGGGGCUGUCACCGAGUCAGAUCGCCUAAAGGCAAGAGCAAAAGCAAUGAUGCAACAACGCACCGCUGCUCUCACUGGCAGGAAAAUCGAGACAAAUGAUGAUGACCAUGCUGCCCCGAAACGCUUGGAAGAGGAGAAUACCCGAAUAAGAAACGAGAAAGAAAACAAUGAACGGAUGGUUAAAGAUGUUGAAGAUAGCGUACGUGAAUUUGCUCGGGGAUUGGAGGAUAACCUUAAAGAAGGUGGCGAGGACUCAACAAGCGAGCACGAGAGGCGGAGAUGGGAAGAUGGACUUGGCGUGGAAGAUGAGGUCAAAGAUUUCAUAUUUGACCUCCAGAGAUCUAGCAGAGCUGCAAGGAUCAGAACGGAGGACCGGCGUAAUACUCGCGAUUCGCCUCGGGCAGAUUCAUCACGUCGUGAGAGUCCAGCAAGCUCCCUCAGAAACGAAGCGCCUCCUCCCAAGCCUACAGCAGCACCAGCUUCUGGUGGGACAUAUUCGCAGUACCAAACCGCUGAAGAGCGAGCUACGUAUAUCAAACAACAGGCUGAGCAGCGCAUGGCUGAGCGUCUCGCGAAACUUGGAAUCAAAGCACCAUCCAAGCCUGGCGAAACUACUCAACAGAGACUGGAACGUGAGAAGAAUGAACGGGCAGCUAAAUUACGUCAGGCCGAAGAAGAAGAUGCUAGACGCGAGGGUGAGAGGCAAGCUAGGAUCAAUGAAGAGCAAGGUGUUCCACCUCCUCCGCCAGCUGCAGCUGCGAAAAGGCCGCCGCCACCACCUUCCCGGAAAGCAGCCAGGAGCGAUGCAAGUGAGCGUAAGGCUGCAGAGGAGCAACGGGUACUAGAAGAGCAGAAAGCACAAAUUCUUGCCACGCAGGAUCUUGAGGAUGAUGCCAAGGUCCAGGAGGCCGAGCUUGCUAGAGAGCGUGAAGAAUCUCAAGCCCGGUUGAAAGCCCUUGAGGAGCAGGUCCAGGCUGGUAAGAUUAAGAAAGAAGAGGAGAAGCGAAGAAAGAGAGCCGCCCAAGCUGAGGCAAAGGCGAAGGAAGCCAGGUUGGCUGCUCAGCGUGCGGAGAUCGAAGCUGCACAGGCCCGGGAGAGAGAGUUGCAGCGCCAGUUGGAGGCCAUCGAUGACGAGGAUUCAUCAGAUGACGAAGGUCCGGAACAAGUAACACCACAAGCUUCGACACCAACCCUAGGUAGCCAGGAGCUGGAGAGAAAGGAGCUAUCGCCUCCACCUCCACCAGUGCCCGUUGUUGUGCCACCAGCCCCUCCACAGGCCACAACAACUACCCUCCCGGUUACAACCCCACCAACAGAUACGGAGACGAGGAACCCAUUCUUGAAGAAACUUGCACAAGCUGGAACUGAGGGAACCCCGUCCUCCUCUCAGUCCAAUAACCCAUUCCACCGACUACCUCAGGAACCUGCGAAGUUGCCAGAGCCUAUUGUGACGCAGCCUACCGGCAACAGGCCCUCUCGUGUCCGCCCAGAAGAGGAUGAAUGGUCCGUAGUGGGCUCCGAUAACGAGGAUGAUUCCUCUGAUGAAGAGGGUCCUGGUGCGGGCAACGCUCGCCAACUUGCAUCUAUUCUCUUUGGCACCAUGGCUCCUCCACGUCCUCUGUCGGCUGGUGGCCCCGGAUCUACACCAACCAGCCCCGCCCCAGCCAGAGACUCUCCUUCAGCACCCCCACCACCACCACCUAUGCCCCAGGGCGGAGCUCCCCCUCCCCCUCCCAUGCCAAACAUGGCCCCAGGGCCCCCUCCACCGCCAAUGCCUCCUUUCGGUGGCCCUGCUCCUCCACCGCCCCCAAUGCCUGCCGCCAAUGCAGGUGCUCCAGCUGGGGCUGCUCGACCCUCAGCAUUGUUGGGUGAGAUCCAGAUGGGCAGACAACUGAAGAAGACCCAGACAAAAGAUAAGAGUGGAGCUGCGGUUGCCGGGCGCGUGCUUGGCUGA